UCCGUCCCGUCGUGCUCCGCGGCACCGGGGCAAGAUGGCUGCUGAGAAACAGGUACCUGGCGGCGGCGGCGGGGGCAGCGGCGGCAGCGGCGGCGGACGCGGUGCCGGAGGAGAAGAAAACAAGGAAAACGAGCGGCCUUCGGCCGGAUCGAAGGCAAACAGAGAGUUCGGGGACAGCCUGAGCUUGGAGAUUCUUCAGAUCAUUAAGGAGUCCCAGCAGCAGCACGGCUUGCGGCAUGGAGACUUUCAGAGGUACAGGGGCUACUGUUCCCGAAGACAGAGGCGUCUGCGGAAAACUCUCAACUUCAAGAUGGGGAACAGGCACAAGUUCACAGGGAAAAAGGUGACGGAAGAUCUUCUGACUGAUAGCAGGUAUUUGCUGCUGGUGCUGAUGGACGCGGAGAGAGCCUGGAGCUACGCCAUGCAGCUCAAACAGGAAGCCAACACUGAGCCCCGAAAACGUUUCCACUUGCUGUCCCGCCUGCGCAAAGCCGUCAAACACGCGGAGGAACUGGAGCGCUUGUGUGAGAGCAACCGCGUGGACGCCAAGACCAAGUUAGAGGCUCAGGCCUACACAGCGUACCUCGCAGGAAUGCUGCGGUUUGAGCAUCAGGAAUGGAAAGCGGCCAUUGAGGCUUUUAACAAAUGCAAGACCAUCUACGAGAAGCUCGCCAGCGCUUUCACCGAGGAGCAGGCCGUGCUGUACAAUCAGCGCGUGGAGGAGAUCUCGCCCAACAUCCGCUACUGCGCCUACAACAUCGGGGACCAGUCAGCUAUCAAUGAACUCAUGCAGAUGAGACUGAGGUCUGGGGGCACCGAGGGUCUCCUGGCUGAGAAAUUGGAGGCAUUGAUCACUCAGACUCGAGCCAAACAGGCGGCCACCAUGAGCGAAGUGGAAUGGAGAGGGAGGACGGUCCCCGUCAAGAUCGACAAAGUGCGGAUCUUUUUACUGGGACUGGCUGACAACGAGGCGGCCAUUGCUCAGGCGGAGAGCGAGGAGACCAAGGAGCGGCUGUUUGAGUCCAUGCUCAGCGAGUGUCGGGACGCCAUCCAGGCCGUUCGGGAGGAGCUGAAGCCGGACCAGAAGCAGCGAGAGUUCGCCCUGGACGGGGAGUCAGGGAAGGUCUCCAACCUCCAGUACCUGCACAGCUACCUGACGUACAUCAAGCUGUCCACGGCCAUCAAGCGCAACGAGAACAUGGCGAAGGGGCUGCAGCGGGCCCUGCUGCAGCCGCAGCCGGAGGACGACAGCAAGCGCUCGGCCCGGCCGCAGGACCUGAUCCGGCUCUACGACAUCAUCCUGCAGAAUCUGGUGGAGCUGCUCCAGCUCCCUGGCUUGGAGGACGACAGAGCCUUCCAGAAAGAGAUUGGCCUCCGGACCCUGGUGUACAAGGCCUACAGGUGCUUUUUCAUCGCGCAGUCCUACGUGCUGGUGAAGAAGUGGAGCGAGGCCCUCGUGCUGUACGACCGCGUCCUGAAGUACGCGGACGAGGUGAGCGCCGGUGCCGGCGCCUUCCGGAGCAGCCUGAAGGACCUGCCGGACGUGCAGGAGCUCAUCACGCAGGUGAGGUCGGAGAAGUGCUCUCUGCAGGCGGCGGCCAUCCUGGACGCGAGUGACUCCCAGCAACCGGAGACCGCCUCCCAGGUCAAGGACAACAAGCCCCUGGUGGAACGGUUUGAGACAUUCUGCCUGGACCCCUCCCUCGUCACCAAGCAAGCCAACCUGGUGCACUUCCCGCCCGGCUUCCAGCCCAUCCCCUGCAAGCCCCUCUUCUUCGACCUGGCCCUCAACCACGUGGCCUUCCCGCCCCUGGAGGACAAGCUGGAGCAGAAGGCCAAGAGCGGCCUCACCGGCUACAUCAAGGGCAUCUUUGGGUUCCGGAGCUAACCAGCCUCCGGGGCGGCGAAGCCAGCGGGUUCCGGGGGGGAGGGGUGGACACCGGUCCGUGCUGGCCCGGGGCCGGAGUGCAGCCCCCAGCUCCUGUGCCCUGUCUGUGCCCUCACCACUACCACGUGCGGGAGGGCCGGCACCGUGGGCUCUGGUGGGUACGUGCGGGGCCCCUCUGCCUGGCCCCUGGGGGCAGCGUGUUCGGGAGGAGCUCACAGCAGGCGGGAGGGGUACAGCGUGCGUCCCCCUCAGUGCCGCGGGUUAGAGACGAGCUUCUCGCUGCGAGCACCCAGGACCCCCUGAGAAGCGUGUCUGUGACGGACGCACUGGCUCUGCCUCGCGAGUUACAGUGGCCUCACCCCUCACCUCCACGUGGAAGCUGUUUCAGAACAAGCAGAGAGCUCUAUUUUUAGAAGAAAUGUGUUGCACUCAAAUGACGAAAGCAAAUCUUAUAUUAAAAGGCAAAGGCGCUGGAGACUGCCAUUUUUUCACGUGCCCUCCCUCGGUCCGGCUGGCGCCCUGCCGCCUGGCCCGCUGUGUCAGGUGACCCUGAUCCGGGCGGGCGGGCGUGUCUGCUGAGAGAGUGUCCCCUUCUGCAGCUCCCGGGCUGUCACUGUAGCUGCCACCACAGUUUAACCAGUUUCUCUCGUACCCCGUUAUGUUGUCCUCGGUCAUUAUUUCUGUCGUGGCAUCGCUGUAAGACAAAGCAGUGAGGAAGCUAGGAGGAAAGGGGCCUAAGCCUGAGGUGGACCUGAACCUCAGUCCCUGUGGAAGUGGGCGCAUCCCAGAGGGGACGGGACCAGGCGCUGGCGAGCAGCUGGCAGAGGCUGCUGAUGGCCGCAGGACCUGAGAGCGUUCUCGCGGACGGACUCCGGCCUGGGCGAUGGCCUCGCCUCCCAGGGAACUGCAGGAGCUGGGCUGCUCGUCAGGACUGCAGACUGAGGUGCUCACACGUGGUCCCUCCUCCCCAGGAUUUGCUUUGGGUCAAGGAUAAUUUUUUUUUUGUAAUUGAAGUUUCAUGGUCUCUGCCACACAGUUUAGGGGUAUCCUCCCUCCUAAAAUAUAAACAGUGAUCGUA